UUAAAAGUUCUCAAAUGAAAGAGAAAGAGAAAAGAGAAAUUAGGAUCAGAAAUGGUAGAAGCCCUGGAAUUUUAGCCCUAAAAAAAGGGGUUUUCUUUCCCACCGAAACUCACGUAGAAAUGGAUUCUUCACCGCCAUGCGGACCAUGGAAGCCAUGCUUACACCACCACCACCACCACCACCACUUGUUCCUCUGCCCUAUUCCACUCCCUCACCACCACCACCACCACCUUCAUAUUUCACCACAGUGCCCACAUCACAGCUACCUUCUCCAACCAAACAGCCACUCCCUUGCAAGCCCUAUCUUUCUCCCUUUGCCUAACCAAUCGAACUUGCAGGUUUCUGGGUUACGCCAAACUUACCCCCCUUCGGAUGCCCCGAUGAUGCGAGAGGAGGAGGGGUACGAGGAGGGAGUGGUAGAGGAAGAUGAAGAUGAAGAUGAAGAUGAAGAAGACCCUGUUUUUGUUUUGACUGAUGAAUGGAAGGAGUUCUUUGCAAAAUCUGAAGCUAAAAGGAAAUUAGCACAGCAAAGAAGCAGGCUAGAAAAAAGGGAAAAGUAUAGGCCGAGAACUUGGAAGCAUUCUUGAUCAUUCAUUCAGUCAUUCUUCAAGUGAGAGGUGGUGCUGGGAGAUUCAGAAUUCUGUGAAGGAAUGACUCAGAGCCUUCUUGUUUUGGGGACAGUCUAGUGGGAGGGAUGGUGAAGACGGUGAUGAAGCUGCAUGAGACACUUGCACGAUUUUGUUUUUAUCCCCAAGUUGUACAAUUUUAUUUAUUUAUUUUUGUUACAUCUCUCAUUCUUUUUUCUUUUUGAGAUCAAAUUCAGAGUAUCCAUUGAUUUUCAGUUUGCUUCUCAAGGUUCUGUGUGAUGUGAAAAGCUGUGUUUAAAGUCAUAAUCAGACUUAUUUAGCUUCUUCUGCUAUACUCUUGAAAUGCUUCAUCCAUGUAAACAAUAUUUGAUGAUGCAAAAGAUUUUAUAGUGUUCAAUAAAAUUUGUUUUAACUAAAUUCAAGUUAAA